AUGCGGCGGGGGUUUGGCACGCAGAGCGCCGCCCUCUACGGUCACCGAAGUGGCAGGAGCAGCAGUGCAAGGGACGUGGAGCGGGAAGGUGUGAUCGGUUUGCCCCGGCAAUGGGCGAAUAGGGCGCGUGGGUCCUCCUCUGGAUCGCGUUGCGAGCACAGAAACAGCUGCGUGAUUGGCGGAGCAGACGCUAACGACAGCGGGGAGCCAUGGAUGAACGGCGACGCCCGCAACCCCUCCCUGCGUGCCACCUCGAUGCCAUCGGAGCCUCACGAGGAGGUCGGCGAAUGGGGAGGGGUCUCUGCAACCGCUGCAAGCGGUCACAGCACGUCAGACGAUGCGAAUGGUCUGACGAUACAGAGUAGAGCCAAGCUAUUGCUGGCGCCUCGUCCGCUGCUGGGGCAGGAGGUAACAGCGCACGGCCAGGAGAAGCACACCGGUGGGGCGAUACCUCCACCAUCGGCGUGUAGUCGCACGAGUAGUAGUGGCAGUCGUGUCGCCGCUGCAAGGCGGGAGGUGGUGAAGGCCGUCGUAAAAGACGCAGCCUCGCCGGAUACAGUAAACGGUGUGAAUUCUACUAGACUGGGAAAGCGAAAGGUGGCAGGGAAGCCAGAUGUCGUGAGGCUUUUGUCGUCGCCCAGCAAGGCGCAGGUUCCACUGGAUAUAAUUGCCGCACUGGACGAUCAAGUGAAUGUGGCUGCGCCCGAAGCUACGGUAUCUUCUACAGACUGCAGGCGAGGCAGCUGCCUCGCCUCAGCGGGGAAUGCGGAUCAAGCAAGGGGGGAGGCCGAUGGAGAGGAGAGCAACGGCGUAGCACCAAACCGAAAUGCUUCUGGAGAUAAACAAAAGAAGGACAAUAAUGAAGUCACGACGGUGGGCAUCGUGGAUGCAGAGGCGACAACUAGCCACUACGGUGCACAGGCGCAGCCAUCCAUGCUGCAGAGGAAAGUUUUCCCUGGGAAUGUAAAACCUGCACCACUGCCUCUCCCAGGUGAUGUCCCGCAGGAUCAAUCACAGAGCGGCGACAGCAAUUCUGCUCGCACCAAUCCAGCAGCGCUAGCCCCACAGCAUACCCCUCCACAGCAGCAGCAGCAACAACGUGGCUCCGCUUUAGCACACAACGCUCAGAAACUGAUGUCCCCCGCCCUGGGUCCCUCUUCCUGGACCUUCCUUUCCACACCUGACUUCGUUUCGUGUUUACAAAUUUAUGUGAAGACGUGUUUGGGGCUUCGCGAGGCCCAUAUACAGGCGAGACAAGGAUUUAUUGCUAGAGUGCAAUGUAUCGUGAAAAAGGUGCUUGGUCCUCGCGCCGAAGUGCGAGUGCAUGGCUCCAUUACCACAGACCUUGCGCUCGCCUCUAGUGACAUUGACCUACUUGUUGUAGGAUACGAACCUCUUACCCCGUUGCAGGCGAUUCAGCACCUAUCGCGGGCCAUCCUUCACAUCAGUGAAAAAGAGCUAAAUGAGUUGGAGGCUGAGGAAGCUGGAGAGGCUGGUGUGGGCAUGGCGGCUGGAAGAUCAUCUCAGAUCUGUUGUGACACCAGCGUUGCUGAUGCUGCUAAGGAGUCGUUGGAUGAUGCGGAGGCACCGAGUGCUUCUCCGGUGGAUUUGGAGGAUGUCACGUUAGAGCCAGGCGCUGAGCUGGACGCCGGAGACCCCAUCAUGCGGAUGGAGGAGGAGGAGGCGGAGUACCGUUCUCAGAUCGAACGUGACUAUGUAUUUAGUACACGGGCGGGGCUUACCUCGGCUGCAAUGGUAACUGCUUUGCCCACGCACAGCCCUAAGACUGCCGCGAUGGCGCUGCAGGGUUACAUGGGUCCGCUUUCAGUUGCGCCUCUGCAAUCUGGCCUGCGGACGCCCAUAGGAGAAGGGGAAUCCACCGUGGAGUUGGCAACUAUGACACAGCAUUAUGGCGGUGCGGGAGGACACCGACUGUACGUCCCGACUCUUGGAGGCCCUUACUUUGAUGUUCAAACCAUCAUUUCCACCCGUGUCCCCGUCAUCAAGGUGGUAGAGAAGUCCACCGGAAUGAGGAGCGACAUCACCUUUGCUGGUGGCGAGCACUGGCGGUCGAUGCAGCUGACGAACCACAUGCUAAAGCGGUACCCCGCGUCGCGGGGGCUGAUACUGUUUUUGAAGCAUUGUGUGAGGCAAAUGGGAAUUGGUGACUCACAGCCAGGGGGUGUCACGUCGUUCACCAUCUACCUUUUGGUGCUACACUUCUUCAACGAGGUUUCGUGCCACCUCGAGGGAUUCCUCCAGCAGCAGCAACAAGAACAACAAGCAAAGUGUGAGAGCCGCACCAGUGUGUCCACUCAGUGGGGAAAUGAGGGAACGAUAGCAAGCUCCAGCGGAACAGGCGAUAACGUCAGUGGUGGUGUGAGCCUCAGUGGAACACGUACGGCGACGCCACAGGUGCAAACGCCCUUAUCUACUCAACCUACAGCCGCCGCGUCUUUGGCCUCCUCUUGGCUCACCUCGUACCUGGACAAACUCUUUUUAGUGGAGAGGGCGUUUGUGGAGCGAUUUCGCCCGUAUCAGAAGGAGCAGGAGGGUAAACAAAAUACGGCGAGCAUCUUGCAUCACAUUUUCACGUUCCUUCAGGAGGAGCUGCCUGUGGACUUCGAGGAGGACGACAAAGGUCGAACAGCAGAUCUCCUCGAGGAGCGAACGGGAGCCAAACUGGUGGCGCCAGUGGGUUACGAUGCGGCAUCAGGUGAAGCUGCAUUGCAUGGGGAAGUGCUUUUGGCCACAAGCGAAGCUCCUGUGGCACCGGAUGUAGCUUCAGAACAAGGCGGCAACGAUGAUGUUGAGGUGUGCGCGGAUAGGCAUGAGGACGAAGGUGAAGAUGGUGAUGACCGGAGCGCAGCAGCAGAGCUGAAUCCCGCCGUUGAGGUCGGAACUUCUUACGAGGUUGGAGGCGGGGGCUUGCAGGAGAGAGAACAGGAGGAAAACGAGACACCAGAAGAUAACAAAACAAGUUUGGUCCGCUCCCUGGCACUACGGCUUCUCUCGACCUCGUCUCUGGGCCACCUCUUCCACGACUUUUGCUUUUACUACGGGUUUACAUUUAACUACGAUAGUCACGGCCUCUACUUUGAUUCGCUUGGGAAUUCUAGUGUGGUGCCUAAGCCCCGCAAGUGCCAGCAACGGGGGCAGCACCUCUUCAUGACGUCGCCGUUUGAUGACCAGUACGACCUCACCGCGCGCAUGCUGCACACACGCGAGUUUCAAGAGCUUUGUCGCAUGUUUGUGCCCCUCACGACACCGGUGACGACUAUCUCCGGCUACGGUGGCGGGGGUUGCUCGCUGCAGGAAGUGCUGGAGUGGAUCUCGCCCGAAACCGCCUUCGAGGAGCUCAUGCAGGUUCACACCGCGAUUCAGCAGCAGCAGCGUGCGGAGGUUUCAGGGGCGCAUUUGUCAAAGACCGAGGAACAGCUGCCGCCGCUGCCGAUCCACGCUGACGGCAGCAAAGGCACAACGCACGCACAGUCGUCGUUACAGGGCGAGGUGGAGGCGCGGGAGCAAAGCACUUCAUCCCCACACACUGCGCCGACCAGCAGUGUGGAGGAGCGCCUACCAAAGGAUACGCGACUCCCUCGCCGCAUGGACCCGGCCGCCUUCAAAAACAGUAGCAGCGCCGUCUCUGGUGAGUCGCGCAAGAAGGUGGAUCGAGCGGCGGCAGGGUUAACGACCGACGUCCCCUCGGCGGCUGCACCCUCCACCCCUUCUGUCAGCAGCUUCUCGUUGAGGCAGGGGGGAAGCAAAUCGAUCCUCGCAGAACCUGGAGGCACGGAUUUGGUAGGAAGCCGGUCGGCGCAGGCGUCUUUGACGCAGCGACAGGUAAAACGUCGCGAGGGGGGAGCAGAGGAUUCGGCAGCCACCGCUGCCGGUGAUGUUGGUGGCAGUGGCACUACUCCUGCUACAGUGAAGCAGCCGCCGGCGCAGGCUGCCGUGCCCGUCUCCGCCGCUGGGCUCGAGGCUGCGAUGCGGGAGGCCUCACCUUCGGGAGCGCUGAGGGCGUCAGGUGCACUCACGCCGUCAGGGCUUCCAGUGGGUGGGAAUGUAAACUCGGUGGGUGGGGAGGCAGUUUAUGCGCGUGCGCAGCUUUCGCGUGCGAGCCCGAUGCAUCAACCAACCCAGCAGCUACCGUUUCCAUUCUCUCCACCAGUUCCCCCAUUUAUGCUGCCUCCAAACGGUGCUGGCCCUGGAUACCCUGACAUGUUGCCGUUUUACUUCCAGAUGCCGUACUCCUCAGAAUUGGUAAUGCGUUAUCCACAGCAGCAUUACCUUCAUCAGUAUCCGUCUGAGCAGCGUCAUCAUAUGCAUCUGUUUCCGUCCAUCGGCUACGAGAUGCAUCAAGUUUACCGGCAACACAGGGUAUUUGAGGCGCUGAAUGGCGCCGCGGCAGCUGCCACUGCCGCUAGUAGUAGUAGUGGUGGGAGUGGCCCCACGGCGAGUCGGCAAGGCAACACGCGUGGAGUUGGAAGUUCCCCAUCGGGCAUCCGUCAUCGUGGACGUGGUGGGGCUCACCGCAGCACGGCGAGCAUGGUGGCGAGCCUCUCCACUGAUAAGGCGCCGGCGCUGGUAAAGCCUGCAGCGCUUUUAGAGGAACCGACGGCGUUAAUGGAGGGCACUGUCGUGGAAGGCAGUAAUAGCAACAAAACUACUGUUAAGGACGCGGCGGCAGAAGGAGCGUCAACGAGGGGGCGACGGCCUGGCACGGCCGAGGCGAAGGAGCGGCUACAGGCUGAGGCCGCCCUUGCUUCUGCUUCGCUGGCACAUGAGGUCCAGCAGCAUCCGCACUAUUUUCAACUCCACCACCACCAUCACCAAUACCAGCAGCAGCAGCAGCAGCAGCAGUUGCAGCAGCAGUUGCAGCAGCAGCAGCAGCAGUUGCAGCAGCUUGGGCUCAGCCAUCAAUUUCAUCACCAGCAGCAAAACGGCACAAAGUUGCGGAGCACCGGGCAGCAUCAGCAACAGGCGCUCUGGAGACAACAUCAACAAUCUUCAUUGAUGAUGCCACUACCCCAAAUGUAUGCGCUACCAGGCACUGCAGAUACCUCUGUAUCUUCUGCCUUGUGUGCCCCAGUGCAGGGGGGACUCAUUUUCCGGCAACAACCAAAUGCGAGUGGAACGUCGUACCCGGCUGCUGCGACAGCCUCUGGGUUCCCUAGAGUGCCCGCGCAUGAGGUUCCCGCCUACAGUUCGGCUGCUUCAUUUUUGAAUGAGAACCCACAACAACAGCUGCAGCGGAGGCAGUCCUACACCCCCUCUCAUAGGCCCGAGAAAGCGGUUGCCGCCACCGCUGCUAGUAGUCGUGACAGUAGUGCUAGCAGCAACAACGCCGGAGGUGGAGGCCCCGUGCGACUACUGCACCGAGCACAGGAAGGAGAUGUUGGCGAGGGGAGAUUCGUUGAAUAG